AGGAGGAACAAGCUUGACCAUUAUGCCAUUAUCAAGUUCCCUUUGACCACAGAAUCAGCAAUGAAGAAGAUAGAGGACAACAACACUUUAGUUUUCAUCGUUGAUGUCAAGGCCAACAAGCAUCAGAUCAAACAGGCUGUCAAGAAGUUGUAUGAUAUCGAUGUGGCCAAGGUCAACACAUUGAUUAGGCCUGACGGGGAGAAGAAGGCCUAUGUUCGCCUGGCUCCCGACUAUGAUGCUCUGGAUGUAGCAAACAAGAUUGGAAUCAUCUAAAAUGCUUCUGCCGAGGACUGUACAGAUGGGAUAAUAAAUCCUGUUAAACUAC